AUGGUCCUCAUGGUUUUUGUGUUUAACACCAUGAUUUUUGCAUUCCUAGUUAAAGGUUAUAUGCCGUGUUAUGAUGAAUUUGAUAAUUUUGAUUGGUCUUUGCCUUUCCAACCCAUGGUAGAUGGAAUGAAAGAAGAGCAUGAGGAAUAUAGAUGUAAUAACAUAGAUACCAGUGAUGACGAUGACAAUGAUGAUUAUUGUGAUCCCUGUUCAGAUGGCUACAAUGAAGAUGAUGACGAUGAUGGUAGUGAUGAAGAGGUAGGUUGGGCAGAUGAAGAACAAGAUGAUGAUGAUUUAGACAAAAGAAUUGAGGAAUUCAUUGCUAAGGUCAAUAAAGGAUGGAGGGAGGAGUGGUUAAGGGAGAAUCUUCAUGAUAGAUUUGUGGUUUAA